UUAAGAUUGCAUGUUUUAUAAUGUUAUUUUAAUUUCUUUUAUUUGGAUACAUAGGUGAUAAAUGAAAUGGAUUCAGAAACCGUUGGAUUGUAGAUGAAGUGAAUGUGGUUGAUUUAGAGAAUGAAACAAUUCAAGGCGUAAAUGAACUAAGAAGAAUUGAAGAAGAUGUUUUACCUAAGUCUAAGAAGGCCAAAACAUCAAGUGCUGAUUGUUGGAAAGUGUUUACUAAACUUGGGGCGGAUAAAGAUGGGAAUCCAUUGGCUAAGUGCAAUGGUUGUUCAAAGAUUUUGAAGGGUGGCGAUAGGAAUUAUGGUACCACGAGUUUGAAUCGGCAUAUGAAGAAGUGCACUAAAAUCAAGUAUGCUGAUGUAGGUCAAGUAAUUAUGGACUUGCAAGGUAGACUCAAGAAUCUUACAAUAGAUAAAAAGAUUUCUAGAUCAAUGUGUGUUACUGCAAUCAUUGCACAUGAUUUACCGUAUGAAUUUGUGGAGUUUCAAAAAAUUAGGGAUUGGAUGAAAUAUUUGAAUCCUGGCUUUUCUCCUAUUUCAAGAAAUACCGCUAAGGCUGAUGUUGAUGAAAUAUUCAAGACAGAGAAAGAAGCUCUUAAGAAGGAGUUAGCUAAUAUUCCCUCUAGAAUUUCACUAACUUCUAAUAUGUGGACAACUUGUACAAGUGAAGGUUAUAUUUGCUUGACUUCUCAUUAUGUUGAUUCCAAUUGGAAUUUGAAGAGUAAGAUUCUAAACUUUUGUCAUAUGCCUCCUCCACACACGGGAUCUGAAAUGUCAAAAAAGAUUCUUGACUUUUUAUCAGAUUGGGGAAUUGAGAAGAAGAUUUUUUCACUCACAUUAGAUAAUGCUUCUGCUAAUGACGUGAUGCAAGCUCAUUUGAAAAGACAACUUGUCUUGCAAAACUGGUUAUUAUCUGAGGGAGAGUUCUUUCAUGUUCGUUGCUCAGCGCGUGUUUUAAAUUUGAUUGUGCAAGAGGGUUUGAAAGUAAUUGGUGAUGCAUUGGAAAAGAUUAGGGAAAGUGUCAAAUAUGUGAAGAACUCUGAGGGUAGAAUGAAAAUUCAAGGAAUGCAUUGAACUCAUUGGCGGUAUUGAAACAUCGGCUGGUUUAUCUUACGAUGUUUCCACUAGAUGGAAUUCUACUUAUUUGAUGCUUCAAAGUGCAUUGAAGUACCGACAUGUAUUUACAAGCCUUAGUUUUCAUGAUGAUAAUUAUAAGGUUUUCCCUUCCGAAGAUUGGAAAAGAGGAGAUAAGAUAUGCACAUUCUUGUUGCCAUUUUAUGAGACAACAAACUUAAUUUCCGGAAUGUCUUAUCCUACUUCCAAUUUGUAUUUUUUGCAAAUUUGGAAAAUUCAGUGUGUUUUGAUGGCAAACAUCAAAGAUGAAGACACUCUUAUAAGAGACAUAGCUGAAAGAAUGAUGAUCAAGUUUGAGAAGUAUUGGAGUGAUUAUAGUGUGGUUCUUGCUCUAGGAGCGGUUCUUGACCCAAGGAUUAAGCUUACCUCUUUGGAAUACAUGUAUGAAAAAGUUGAUCCACUUACCUCAACAAUUAAAACAAAUGAAAUCAAGCAGAAAUUGUACACUCUCUUUGAGAUGUAUCGUUGCCUUCAUACUUCGUCUUCUACAACCUCUCAAACUCCAUCUUCCAUCACUAGAGGGGAAUCAAGUUCACACGCGUUAACUAAAAGUUUGUUCAAUGAUUUGAAAGCACACAAACAACAACUUGCAACAGAGACCGGAAAGUCUCAACUUGAUGUUUAUUUGGAUGAGGCAAGUGUGGAUUUAAGUUAUCAAAAUUUUGAUGACUUGAAUGUUCUUCAAUGGUGGAAGGAGAAUUGGAAUAGGUUUAAAGAGUUAUCUUUAUUGGCUCGUGAUUUGUUAGGCAUCCCUAUUACUACUGUUGCAUCUGAAUCUGCUUUCAGUAUUGGUUCGAUCAUUCUAAACAAAUAUAGAAGUCGCUUGUUGUCGAAGAAUGUAGAGGCAUUGAUUUGUACUCGCAGUUGGCUUCACGGUUUCAACAGUUUUGAUGUAGUGGGUGAUGAUGAAGAUAAUGAUGAUGGAAACUUGGCGAAAAGUAUUACAACUGAAGCAUCAUAUGUUCAUGACGUAGAUGAAGAUUGAUGAGUGCAUCUUUUAUGUUUGUAGAGAAUUUAGAGAUUUUUGUGUUAGAUUAAACUAUUUAUGACUUCUUUCAUAA